GAAAACCUAUUUAAAGCAGUCUGUCUUGUCUCAGCUCAGCAGGCUCCAGUCUACCAACUGGUCUCUGAAAACCUAUUUAAAGCAGUCUGUCUUGUCUCAGCUCAGCAGGCUCCAGUCUACCAACUGGUCUCUGAAAACCUAUUUAAAGCAGUCUGUCUUGUCUCAGCUCAGCAGUCUCCAGUCUACCAACUGGUCUCUGUAACUUCAUCUUUGUCUCUGUGGUGUCCAGUCUUCAGGUGAUGAUGGAGGUAUUGAAUCAUCUCUCUGCUCUCCUCCUCCUCUCUCUCCUUCCUCCUUCUCUCUCUCAUGUAGUGGGGAAGUUCAGCGAAGUUAAAGAGUGCAGUGAUUUCUUCCUGGAGGGGACAACUCCAAAUCUCCCGGGUAUUUUGGUUGAUGGGACAGUCCAGGACCGGAAACGCUACAAGCCUAUCUGCCAGUUGUUUAAAUACAUGAAGAAAAAGAAAGUUUACAACACCUACAUGUUUGCAACUCUCUACGACACAACAAACAAGAUCCCUGUGUUCUCAGCCUACACCUUCACUGGGGUUGGAUCAAGCGAGAGAAGACCAGAUACAUGGAUGAUUGAACCUCAGCUGGACGGAGGACAAGACCCAGAUAUGAGUCUGGAGAAGGACGGAGUCACUUAUACACACCAGGCUGUCAAUCAGGACUUCCACAACUCUGUAAACCUAACAGGGCUGAACAAAGGGCACCUUUUCCCCAAAAGUUACGCAAACCAACCCGCUAAUCAGAACUCCACUUUUACCCUGACCAACUGUGUUCCUCAGGUACAGUCAUUUAACGACGGCAGCUGGGGAACGAUGGAGCGUAAGGUUAGAAAGGUUCUCCUAAAGCAAUGCCUAGAUAAUGCCGGUAAGCCCAAGGCCUAUGUGGUGACUGGAGCAGCGCCCAGUGAGAGCAACACACUGAAGAACCGAGUGAACAUCCCGGAUCUCCUGUGGACAGCCUACUGCUGUUACAACAACAAACAGAGACAGUGGGUGGCCGAAGCACACUGGGGUGAGAACAAAAAGGAUGAGAAGAAUGUAAAGGGGAAAAAAACAACAACAACAACAACAUUGGCCUCUAAAACCUUGGCAGAUCUGUAUGAGAUGUUGAACCAGUAUUAUGGUCAAGGUGUCAAGGUGUUCCCAGAUUAUUGUCAGAAUAGAAAACAGGAUGAUACAGGGAGGAACGGAGAGGCUGGGGCAGGGCAAAAGAGGCAUGGAGAAAUUAGCGGAGAGUCAAAGGGAAGCAUAAAGAAGCCAAGAAAAACAGGGGAUGAGGAAAAUGACUGUGACUUUGACUGUGAUGAAGAGUGA